AUGUCCAACAACGCGCCCAAGGUGACGGGCAUCUCGCCGAAGGACGGCGUGCCGCGGACGAAGCUGACGAUUCGCGGCGAAAACCUGGGCGUCGACCAGGACGACGUGGUCAGCCUGCGCAUCUGCGACGUCGAGUGCAUCAUCUUCCUGGACUGGGUGUCGCCGCAGAAGCUGAUCACCCGGUCGCCGCACGGCGUCGGCAACGGCCACACCGGCGACGUCAUCGUCACCACGAAACGCGGCGGCGUCGGCAUCAGCACCGUCCAGUUCACGCCCAUCGAGGAGCCCAUCGGCCUGACCACGCCCAGUGGCGUCUGGGUCGACGAGAGUGAGCACUUCAUCGAGUACCGCCGGCCCACCUCUCCUUCCGUCGAGGACCUCCAGGGCGGCGGCUUCUCCGAGGGCUCUCUGAUCAGCGGCCAAACAGUUCGCGUGGCGAAGCCCUUCGACAAGCCCUUCUCCGCCCUCUUUCCCGACCUUAAUCCGGCCAACGUCGCAGCCUACAGCGACAUCACCUCGGACGCCUUCCACCCGACCAUCUUUCUGCUGGAGAACAAGUCUGACGUCAGCUUCGCUGCGCUGAAGGACUUCUACGAAACGCAACGGGCCCGCUGCAAUGCCGAGCAGAAAAACACCCUCAACUCGAAUGGCUUCCUCAAAGCGAACGUCCUUUCCAUCAUCGACUGCCUCAAUGCGCUCAAUGCCUUCUACCUAGCGUACAAGAAGGACCGGCAGGAGGCGGGCGGCGCCGAGUUUACCAUGAAGCUGGACGAGCACAUUCGCCUGGCGCGCACCGAGGCGCACGCCAUCUUUGACGCCAUCAUCUCGCGCAAGGACAAGUCGGACUCGACGCGCAACGCUCUCAACGUCCUCCAGCGGUACCGCUUUCUUUUCAACCUGCCCUCGAACAUCGACAAGAGCAUGCAGCGCAAAGACUACGACGUGGUGAUCAAUGACUUCUUCCGCGCGCGGAACCUCUUCGCCAACAGUCCGGUGGCCGUCUUUCGGCGCGUCUUUCUCGAGGUGGAGGAGCGCAUCAGAAAGUUCAGCAUCGUCCUUCAUGAGACCUUCACUCGGCACUGCACCACCGUGGGCGAGGAGGCGCGGAACAUUGACGAGCUGAAGAAGCUGAUCAAGUACCUCUCGGCGCUGGCCAUCGGCGAGGAUCCCGCCUGGGAGGCGGUGACGCUGAUCAAACGGACGCUUUAUGAGCGGAUCGCCGCCGCGAAGCAGACCUACCUGAAGGCGAAGGAGGCGAAAGAGGCCUCGACAAACACUAGGACCAUUAUCACCGUCUCUGCGGAUAACUCGACGACGACAGUGGCCGCAACCACAACCGCUGCCUUUGUUGGUAUCGGAGACUCGCCUACCGGCGACGCCCCGCCCGAGAUGAAGUUCAUCGAGGAGGUGUCGAAACUCUUCAGCGUCGUCUUUACAGACCUCUUCAAGCUGGGCACCGCCUACCUGAGCGGCGACCUGAUCUCCACGCGAGGCAACGCCAACAGCAACUCAAAUUCAGCAGAGUACCUUGCUCGCCAGGCGGAGGCCUUUGAGAAAACAGUCCUCGUCGAGUCGAUGGAGUUGCUGUGCACUGAGUUUCGCGCCGUCCUCCUCGGCUCAGAGUCGGCGCGCUUUGCCUCUUCAGUGGUCAACGAUGGAAGUGAAGCGGACGAGUCGACUCGCCUGACCGUCCUCUGGCUGCCCAACGCCCUCCGCUGCGCCGUCAACUGCUACUCCAGUCUGGUCGGCCUGGACUUUGCCGCACUUCAGCAGCAACACAGCCAUCUUUCAGUAGGAGGAGGCGGAAGUUUAGGCCCACCGCCGCUGCUGAAGCCCUUGCAGGCGUUCAUCUUUGACCUGCGCUUGCACACGAUGAAGUGCCUUUUCACGGCCGCCUCGGCGGAGAUUCGCGCCCUGCACCGGCGCGAGGCGUGGGCCAUUCAGCUGGACGACCUCUACGGCGUGCGCACCAAUCUGCCGCUGCUCUUUGAGAGCAAGUUCACCGCCGUCCUCCAGCUGAUUCGCGACUCGGUGCUCAACAUUCGCGUCUCAUGCUCCACCGCCACUGCUGCUGCUGCUUCUGGUGGUGGUGGAGGAGGAGGUGGCAGUCAAACCAACUCCAUCUCCGCCUCUUCCACCACCACCUCCUCCUCCUCCGCCUCGGCGGCGGCGGCCAUGGACGACGAGGUGGACCUCUUCUCGCAGAUCAACGUCAAGGGCGAGGUGAAGAUCCUCGCACAGAACGCCAUCUUCGCCUUCCUCAAGGCGCUGGAGCGCUCGGUGGCGAACGCUGAGCUGCCCAACUCGAACAUCACCGUGGACAAUCGGGCGCUGGUGGUGCUCUGCAACGCCUCCUACACCAGCAACUACGUCCUCCCCAAGCUGCAGGAGGCUUUUGACCGCCUGGGCUACCCCGACAUGACGCAGACGCUGGCGAAUGCGACGCGCAAGUUCAAGGAGCUGGAGGUGCGCCUCCUGAACGGCUUCAUCGCCAAGAAGCGUGACAGCGUCAUCGGGCUGAUUGAGCAGUCGAUGUACGACUUUGCGCCCGGGUGGACGGCCAGCAAGGAGAUGCCCAAGGAGGUGAGCUACUACGUGAAGGAGACGCUGCUCAACCUGAUCUUCGUUCAGGCGGAGAUCUACCAGAUCACGCCGCAGCUAGUGAACAAGACAAUGUACAUCAUCCUGGUGGCGACCAUCCAGGAGAUUGAGCGCCUCUACGAGAUUGUCAGCGCCCGACUCAGCGACCACGCGCGCGUGCAGAUGCUCAUUGACAUUGAGGCGCUGGACCGGGUGCUGAGGGGAACGGGGCCGAAGUACUACGGAAAGCUGAGGGGGCGAAUUGAGAACUGUCGGGCGUUGAGCAGCGCCACGGUGAGGGAUCCCACCAUUCGGAGGAUCAUUGACGACGUGACGGCGGCCUUCUGCGAGGCGAUGCGCCUCCAGAUUAGCUGCUUUCACUUUGAUGUGGAGAUGGCCUGA